CGGAGACGCACCGAAGCGCUUGCCCCGCUGCCGCCACCCAGCGCCUGAGGUUUCCCCGGGACCACAAUGAACAAGUUGCUGUGCUGCGCGCUCGUGUUCCUGGACAUCUCCAUUAAAUGGACCACUCAAGAAAUAUUUCCCCCAAAGUACCUUCAUUAUGACCCAGACACCUCUCGCCAGCUGAUGUGUGACAAAUGUCCCCCUGGCACCUACUUAAAACAGCACUGUACAGCAAGGCGGAAGACCGUGUGUGCCCCUUGUCCUGACAACUACUACACAAACACCUGGCACACCAGUGACGAGUGUCUGUACUGCAACACAGCGUGCAAAGAGCUGCAGUAUGUCAAGCAGGAGUGCACCCGCACCCACAACCGCGUGUGCGAAUGCGAGGAAGGGCGCUACCUCGAGCUGGAGUUCUGCUUGAAGCAUAGGAGCUGCCCCCCUGGCUUCGGAGUUCUGCAAGCUGGAACCCCAGAGCGAAAUACGGUUUGCAAAAGAUGUCCAGAUGGGUUCUUCUCCAAUGAGACGUCCUCUAAAGCACCCUGUAGAAAACACACCAACUGCAGUGCAUUCGGUCUCCUUCUGACUCAGAAAGGAAAUGCAACGCAUGACAAUAUAUGUUCCGGAAACAGUGACUCGACGCACAGAUGUGGAAUAGAUGUGACCCUGUGUGAGGAGGCAUUCUUCAGGUUUGCUGUUCCUACCAAGUUCACCCCUAACUGGCUCAGUGUCCUGGUGGACAAUUUGCCUGGCACCAAAGUAAAUGCAGAGAGUGUGGAGAGGAUAAAAAGACGACACAGCUCACAAGAACAGACCUUCCAGCUGCUGAAGUUAUGGAAACAUCAAAACAAAGACCAGGAUAUGGUCAAGAAGAUCAUCCAAGAUAUCGACCUCUGUGAAAACAGCGUGCAGCGGCACCUCGGGCAUACGAACCUCACCUCCGAGCAGCUCCGCAGCCUGAUGGAAAGCUUGCCCGGGAAGAAAGUCACAACAGAAGACAUUGAGAAGACGACGAAGGCCUGCACAUCAUCAGGUGAGCAGAUCCUGAAGCUGCUCAGCCUGUGGAGGGUCAAGAACGGCGACCAGGACACCCUGAAGGGCCUCAUGCACGCACUGAAGCACUUGAAAACGUACCACUUCCCCAAAACGGCCUCCCACAGUCUGAAAAAGACCAUCAGGUUCCUUCACAGCUUCACCAUGUACAGACUGUAUCAGAAGCUAUUUCUAGAAAUGAUAGGGAACCAGGUCCAGUCAGUGAAAAUAAGCUGCUUAUAACAGGAAAUGGUCAUGGGGCCGUUUCCUCCCUGUGGACCAGGUCCGAUGGAUGAGUAAACUGUUUCUCAGGUUUCUCAGGCACUUGAGGGGGUGCAGUGAUUUCUUUCUCAUCACUGAGGACUAGAUUUGGGCCCAGGGCAAACACAAAAGACUUUGGUAUGAAGAAAGAACGAACUUCUCCCUCCAAAAUUCAAAAAACCCCAAAUAGUUUAUCCAACAGACGGAUCUGGUCCAGUACCUACUGACUAUGUUUUCCUUAAUUACUGCUUGAAGUAAUUCAACUGGAAAUAAGAAACUAGACUUCAUUGUGCCUUACUAAGUAUGAGAAUGUCUAACUUAAAUAGCUUUGAGAUUUCAGCUGUCUAGAGGCUUUUAUCAGAAAGCCAUUUUUUUUUUCUGUAAAAGUACUAAUAUAUCUAACACUAUUACAGUAUUUGCUAUUUAUAUUCAUUCAGAUAUAAGGUUUGUACAUAUUAUUGUUCUAAAGGGAAACCGUGUGGACUUAAUUUUAGAAAGAAAAAAUUUAUAUAUUCUGUUUAUUAUGACAAAUGAAAGAGAUAAAAUAUAUUUUUUAAUGGAAAGUUUGUAGCAUUUCCUAAUAGGUACGGCCAUCCUUCCUGUGUGGUGUGUUUUUGUAAUAUAAUUUUACCUAUAUAAGCUAUGAUAUCAUUUUAUAGAAAAUGCAUUAUUUAGGUAAUUGUUUAAUGGGUUUUUUGGGUUUUUUUGUUUAAUGUUUUAAUGUAAAUUAUCUGAAUAUUAGAUGCGCUGAGAAAUUGAAUGUACCUUAUUUAAAAGAUUUUAUGUUUUAGUGUAUAAACAUCAUUAAAGUUUUCAAA